AUGGCCAAGAAUAUUGAGGAAUCUACAGAGUUUGGUUAUCAUUUUGGAUGCAAAGAACUUAAGCUGUCACAUAUGUGUUUUGCAAAUGACUUGUUAGUGCUUUGUAAAGGUAAUAUGGAGUCUGUGAGGGUAGUUAAGAAAAGCUUGGAUGAGUUCUUUGCAGUUUCUGGAUUAAUUCCUAAUUUAGGAAAGAGUACCAUUUUCUUUGGAACUAUAAAGGAAAAGGAUAAGCAGGAGCUUAUUAAUAUUUUACCUUUAAAAUGUGGUAAACUUCCUGUCAAGUAUUUCGGUGUGCCUCUUUUAGCAAAGAAACUAGGAGUUAAGGAUUGUAAGGUGUUGGUAGAUAAGGCCUCUGUUUAUAUGCUUCCCGCAUCUGUGAUAAAAGAAAUUGAGCAGCUGUUCAAGAGAUUUCUUUGGAAUGCUAGUGAUUCUAUCAAAGGAAAAGCAAAAGUGGCUUGGAAAAAUGUUUGUAAACCUAAAGAUCAGGGUGGUUUAGGUUUAAAGGAUUUGAAGAAAUGGAAUGAGGCUAAUUGGGUGAAUACUGUGAGAUUAAAAGGUAAAAGUAUAUGGAGUGUUGAUGUUGAUAAGGGUGAUAGUUGGGGUUGGAAGACCAUGAUUGAAGUCAGAGAUAUGAUUAAGAACCAUGUUAGAUAUGUGAUUGGAAAUGGAAACAUAUCUCUAUAUGGAAAGUGGAACUGGCCAAGUGAGUGGAUGAUUAAUUUCCCUAAUAUUGGCAAGAUUGAUAUGCCAAGUUGGCAGGAUGAUAAAAAGGAUAAAGUCCAAUGGUUUACAAAUAAGAAUCUAUUAAUGGAUUUUAGUACAAAGCAGGCCUGGGAGGAUCUCAGGAUUGAUAAUCCAAGUGUUGGAUGGUGUAAAGUGGUGUGGUUUAACCAGAUGGAAAUUGUAGAAAAGAAAGUGCAGAAUAAUAUAAGAAUGGUUGUGAGUAAGCUGGUUCUUGCUGCAUCUGUUUACUAUAUUUGGCAAGAAAGGAAUUAUAGAUUGUUCAAGAAGAGAGAAAGAAAUGGGGAUGAACUAUGCAAGAACAUUAAGUAUAAUGUUAGGUUAAAGAUGUUGGCUUUAAAAGUAAAGAAAUCCAGAAAUAUGAUAAUUAUGGCUGAUAAAUGGGACCUUUGCUGGAGAAAGAAUAGUUUGUUUGCCAUCUAG